AUGUCGGCCGUGGUAACCCCUCUGACCAUGGAGUCCCUCGGCGCCAAGGUGGAUCAGAUCGCCACCGUCGUGACUUCCAUGCAGUCGGCGUGGGCUGGUGUGCUGCAGACGCCCGCGCCGCCGCCGUUCCCACCGCCGUCGGCAUCCACCAUGGCUGCGCCCGCGGCGUCCUUCUCCUACGGGAUGCCGCACAGCGGACCGAUGCCGCUCCACCACCUGCAGUGGCCACCCUCGUUGUCGCCCCUGCCGGAGUGGCUGCGCGCCCAGAUAGCGGCCUCAGCGCCGUCGUCCUCAACGAUCACCACAGCGUUCCCAUCUACACACACACCGCCAGCAACGCUACCGGCCUCCGUGCUUCCUCCCGCCAGCGGCGUCCUCUACGGAGGCGUGGACGUACCGCUGCUCCUCAGCUCGCCUCUAGCCGCGGUUACCCAAGCAACCGGGCCGGUAGACCCUGGCCUCGCGGCGUUCCUCGCCACGGUCUCCCAGGGGGGCGAAAUUAUACAAGCUCAAGUUUGCAACGUAUGA